CGACUCCACAAAAAAAAAUAUCUCCUGCGACUUCCAUGCUUUUGGACAAAUAUCACCACUUCUCACUCACCUGCUCAUCACACUCCCCAUAAAUAACCUUGCUCUCCAAUGCUUCCCCCGCACAUUUCUUCUGCUCUUCAUAUCUGUGUAUCCGUACACGCCACGUUCACCAUCACCCCACGCUGUGCUUCAAUAUCUGAUCAUGACCAUAUCUGGAUAUGCUUCCAUCGGAUGAUUCGCUAUUACAUUGACAGAUCUGGAAGCUACCACCGCCGCUCCGUCAGCUGCGUGGCCUCUCAUGAUGAGCUCGCGUACUACCCCAUCGAGGUCAUCGAGGAGGGCAUGGAAACUAGCGCCAUUGCCGCCGACAACGGAUCCGCAUCAAUCUCAAUGACGCGCCACCUAAUGUCCGACGGCAGCAUUCAGCUCCAGCGCUCCGGUUCUGGCUCUGGUGAUAGUGCCGACGGUGUUGUCAGUGUCGCCGCUGGCUCCCUUGGCGGUAAAAUCAAGUUGAACCCUGGUGCACCUGGACCUCGCAGGUCGCUCCUCUCGGACAUGCUUAACAGCCAGAAUCAGAACAGCCGUCUAGAACAAAACGUCCACCGCCGAAGGAUGCUCAAAUCCAUGCGCCGCUACUCAGUCGAUGCCUCGGAGAUGAACUUCAAUGUUCUUGGUCUCUAUCCCUCCGGUCGCGCUUCACCCAUGAAGGGGAUUCCCUCCGAGGGUGAAGAAGCCGCUGCUACGAAUGGUGCUCGGGCUCAGGAGUUCAGAGACACGCCCACGGUCCGGUACCUGAGAAAUCCCUGCCAGGCGACCGUCAAGACCAAGCUGAUCUCGGCCUCUGUCCGUCGUGGCGCUGGUGGUGACAGCGACGCACCCGAUUACUUUGGCGCGGAGGAUCGUGUCUGGUAAAAAAAAUAACUAUAGAACCUCCAUUCUCCCUGCUCUUCUUUUAGAGAUUGUUACAUUAGUCCCUUGUUUUUGCAUUGCCUUUUAUUUUUAUUAUUAUUAUUAUUAUUAUUAUUAUCGUUGCUUUUUCUUAGGACACAACUACCAUAGAUCCGUUCUAUUGCCCUGUACUUUAUAGCCGUCUUGUUUUUAGAAAGAUUGGCGACCAUAAUUAACAACAUAAUUUUAGAGUGUUUAGUAUUAUAAUUUGUAACAUCAGUACCUCUUCUUCCUCUUGUUUCUUGCUGCGGAACCCUCCCCGCAGUUGAACGCAUUUCCCUUUUCUAUUUCUAUUUUUUUUUUUUUUCUCUUCUGGCUCUCAAGACCCUU